AUGAUUGAGCAAUUAAGUUAUCUUUUAAUUAUAUUAGUACCUUUUGGAUUAAUUAUUUUAUCUAUAAUAUGUUUAUUACGUUCAUUUAAAAUGGCAUCUCGAAGUGAAAAUGAAAAAUAUUUUCACGAUCCAAUAACGAAAUCACGAAAACAAUUUCCAUCAUUAAAAGAUUCAUAUUCAAAAUAUCUUUCUGUUAUUAUUCCUGCUUAUAAAGAAGUAGAUCGAUUACCUGUUAUGAUGAAAGAUACAAUGGAUUAUCUAGAACAACGUCAGACAAAAGAUUCAUCAUUUACAUAUGAAUUAAUUAUUGUCGAUGAUGGUAGUCCUGAUAAAACUAGUGAAAUUGCAUUAAAAUUUAGUGCUCAAUAUGGUACAGAUAUAGUUCGUGUAUUGACUUUAGAUGCUAAUCGAGGCAAAGGCGGUGCUGUUCGAAUGGGUGUUUUAAGUGCUCGUGGUCAAUGGAUUUUAUUUGCGGAUGCAGAUGGUGCGACGAAAUUCAGUGAUUUUACUAAAGUUGAAAAAGGUGCUUUAGCAGCAAUAAAAAAUAAUGAUGUUGUUGUUUGUGGUUCCAGACGACAUUUAGAACAAGAAUCUGUUUCACAAAGAUCAGCAUUUCGUACAUUACUUAUGUAUGUCUUUCAUUUUGAAGUUUGGUUAUUUGCUGUGAAAUCUAUUCGUGAUACUCAAUGUGGGUUUAAAUUAUUUUCACGUCAAGCUGCACAAAAAAUUUUCACACAAAUGCAUGUUGAACGAUGGGCAUUUGAUGUUGAACUAUUAUACAUUGCCGAAAAAUUGAAGAUUCCUAUUGUUGAAGUUGAUGUUAAUUGGCAAGAAAUUCCUGGUUCAAAACUUGAUCCAUUUACAGCUUCAUUACAAAUGGGAAUUGAUAUAUUAGCUAUUUGGUUUCGAUAUAUAACAGGAAUUUGGACAAUUAAUCAUAUAAAAAAUUAG